AUGUUUAAUUUAAGUAAGGCAAGUUACUUAGCGCCACAAAGAAGCACACCACAUCUACCAGAGUUUCAGGAGUUUCAUCUUGAGACAAUGGCUAGGGCGAACCAACAUGCAGAGACAUCUUCAAUAGCUUCAACACAAGUGUCUAAGCAGCAUAAUGAUUGGAAGCCUCACCUUACUGCACCAAAGCCCCCUGUACUCCAAACAAUGCUAAGAGCUCGUCCUACUAAAGCAAAAACUACUGCAGAACUUGAGCAAGAGGAACUCGACAAGGCACCAAAGUUCAAAGCAAAACCUUUGAACAAAAAGAUAUUUGAAAGCAAAGGAGAGAUGGGCAUAUUUUGUAACACCAAGAAGCACAUAACCAUACCUCAAGAGUUCCACUUUGCUACAGAUGAGAGGAUAUCCAAACCAAACUCUGUCUUAGAUGCAUUUGACAAGCUCUCAUUGACCUCUGAAUCUUGCCAUGAAAAGCCUCUACCAAGGAUCACUGCUCCAAACCCCUUCAAUCUAAGGACAGAAGAACGAGGCGCUGAGAAAGAGAAGAAGUUUGUAAUGGAAGUCACAGAGAAACUGAUAGGAGAUGAGAGGGCAAGAGUUCCAAAAGCAACCCCAUAUCCUUACACAACCGACUAUCCCGUGGUACCACCAAAACCAGAACCUAAGCAAUGCACAAAGCCAGACCCGUUCCAGUUAGAGAGUCUUGUGAGGCACGAAGAUGAAAUGAGAAGAGAAAUGGAAGAGAGGAUGAGAAUGGAGAGAGAAGAAGCUCAGAAGAGGCUCUUCAAAGCACAACCAGUUAUAAAAGAGGAUCCAAUCCCGGUUCCAGAGAAAGUACGUAAGCCACUCACAGAGAUUCAGGCGUUCGAUCUCCAUGUAGAGCAUCGAGCUGUUGGGAGAGCAGACUUUGAUCAGAAAGUCAAAGAGAAGGAGAAUCAGUACAAGAGAUACCGUGAAGAGAGUGAAGCUGCCAAAAUGGUGGAGGAAGAGAGGUAUCUGAAGCAAAUGAGAAAGACGAUGGUUCCUCAUGCCAGACCUGUGCCUAACUUCAACAAACCCUUCGUGCCUCAAAAGUCCAACAAGGAGACAACCAAACCAAAAUCUCCCAAGCUUAGAGUGAUCAAAAGAACCGAGAGAAGAAAGAUGACGGCUCGUCCAGUGUCUGCAGCUACCAGUGCUUCAGCUGGUCAGAUGAGAUAGUUUGUAGAUGAUGACGACGUGUUCAUGAAUGAUUGAACCUGUUCCCUUUGUACAUUUUGAUCUAUUCAGUACUAAAUUUUCCUUUGUAAUCUGUUCUUACUAACUAAUAUUGUAGAAGUAAGUAACUCUUCCUCUUAUGU